UUGGAGUAACUUCCUUCACCUAUCGUGCGGCCCAGCUUAUAGCCGAGUUCGCUCAGAAGUUUGUCGCCCGACAUGGUGGCGCCUGGGGCGCGUGGGGCGCAGGAGGCGGCUGCUGUCGGGGGGCGGCCGGACUCCGAUCUCGGGCCUAACCCAUGGCGCUUGGCACCUGCACCCCCGCACCCCCAUGUGCCCACUCCCGGGCCCCCGCCGCCGCGGUGCCCUUUAUUGCCCAGGUGCACCAGAACCCUAAGUUCCCAGCCGGGUCCGAGACCUGCGCGGCUGCUUCCGCCACACUCCUCAUGGCGUCGAUCGCCUUUGCGCAACUUCCUCCCGCGACCGGAAGUGCAAGGUCCUGUAAGCAUGGCGGCGUCGAAGGUGAAGCAGGACAUGCCCCCGCUGGGGGGCUACGGCCCUAUCGACUACAAGCGGAACCUCCCGCGUCGGGGACUGUCGGGCUACAGCAUGUUCGCCGUGGGCAUCGGGACCUUGCUCUUCGGGUACUGGAGCAUGAUGAAGUGGAACCGCGAACGCAGGCGCCUGCAGAUCGAGGACUUCGAGGCCCGCAUUGCACUGAUGCCUCUGUUUCAGGCAGAGAAGGACCGGAGGGUUCUCCAGAUGCUUCGGGAGAACUUGGAGGAGGAGGCGAUCAUCAUGAAGGACGUGCCGGACUGGAAGGUGGGCGAGUCUGUGUUCCACACGACACGCUGGGUGGCCCCCAUGAUGGGUGAGCUCUACGGGCUGCGCAUGAACGAGGAGAUUCUCAGCUCCAGCUAUGGCUUCAUGUGGUACACGUAGGGGCCUGCACCCCUCAGACCACUGGACCCCCGCUCCCUCCCCACCAGGAGAGAAUAAAUGCUCUGGAGACUGA